GAUGAACUAAUAGAUGGCAGUGGGAAUUUUUUUAUCUCCAUGAAAAUCUUCAAAUCCACCGGACUCACAUCUUCAUGUUUAUCAUCUCUCCCUCUCACAUCAUCAUCAUCGUCAUCCACCCCACUCAAUUACAACUAUUCUAUACCCAGAACUUUCAUAUUUGUUCAGUUGAACGUUUAACUUUCAAGUAUGAGUUUGAAAAGUUUUCCAAUCAUCGAAUCCCAAUUAUAACCAUCAUUAAGUAUCAAAGACAAUUAACAUUCAUCAUUAGCAGUUACUCAUUAAAAUCUUAAAUUGUUUCAAAACUUUGUCUGAAAACUGUCAAAAUUUUACUAAAAUAAUCAACAUUCAUUAUCAGAAAUCCUCAUAAUCACAUCGAUCAGAUCAAUUAAUCAUCAUCACCAUUAUUAAUUAUCAUUAUCAUCUACCUUGUGGAUUAAAUUAAAAUUAGUAAAAAAAAAAUCUUCAAUAACUUGAUUAAGUUUUAAAACUCCAAUAAUAAUCAUCAAUCUCAAACAUUAAAUGUUACUCAUCUUAAUUGUUUCCAAUAUAAGAUUGUUGUUUACGAAAACAACAAUCACAAUUAAAUAAAUAAUCCUGGAGACCAUUGGUAAUAUCAAACUGGACACAGUGAUGGUUGAUGAAUUAGAAAGUGAUACAAGUGCAUCAACAGAUGAUUCCGUUAAUUUUAAUGAAUUUAAUCCGGAAAAAUGGUUAAGAUAUUCAUCAUCAGUAUCAUUAUUAUAUUGUCUCGCUUAUACCAUAGUGUUUAUAUUGGGAAUCGUGGGUAAUAGUGCCGUUGUUGCCGUCGUUUUCAGGUCACCACGAAUGAGAACGGUAACUAAUUAUUUCAUUGUUAAUCUCGCAUUGGCCGAUAUACUUGUAUUAUUAUUUUGCCUUCCACCCACUUUAAUUGGACAUCUUUUCAUCCCCUGGAUAUUAGGACUUUUCAUGUGCAAAGCCGUUUCUUACUUACAGGGAGUGGCCGUAAGUGCCAGUAUUAAUACCCUUGUGGCCGUUUCUGUGGAUAGAUUUUUAGCAAUUUGUUACCCGUUAAAGUGUCAAAUGUCCCGAAAAUGCGCUCGUCGAAUGAUCAUAAUUAUUUGGUUAUUCUCACUUGCGGUGGCCUUUCCCUGGGCUCUUUAUUUCACCCUUCACCCGAUACCAAACACUCACUCUGAGAUGAUGUUCUGUGUCGAAUCCUGGCCCGAUGAAUAUUCUGAACGAAUCUAUUUUCUGACCGCAAAUCUAUUCCUUUGUUACCUGAUACCUUUAACCGUCAUUACCUGUUGUUAUAUCGCCAUUUGGUUGAAAGUGUGGCGUCGACAUAUACCCGGUGAAACGGGAAUGAAAACAGGUAAAAAUAUCAACACCCAAAUGGAACUGGUCAUGCAAAGGUCAAAAUUAAAAGUGGCCAAAAUGAUGAUCGUUGUUGUGGUCAUUUUUGUCAUCUCUUGGUUACCCUUGUAUAUUAUUUUCGCUCGUUUUAAAUUGGGUGGAGUUUUAGAGGACAAUUCCCUGGAGGAGAAAAUUUUUAUGACCAUGGCACCGAUCGCCCAAUGGUUGGGAGCAUCUAAUAGUUGUAUUAAUCCCAUUUUGUACGCUUUCUUUCAUAAAAAGUAUCGUAAAGGUUUCGCCGCAAUCGUUAAGUCCCGUAAAUGUUGUGGUGCCGUUCGUUAUGAUAAUUCAAUAUCAACUUAUUACAAUCGAACCACCCAAAGGUCAACCAAUCGUUAUACCGGUCGGGUGGACACUCAGUGUGAGUAUAUCAAUUCAAUUGCUGCAAUGAGGUAACAACAGCAACGAUAAUAACAAUAUCCCGAUUAAAACACUCAGUCAGUUAAACACAACAACAACAACAAUAAGAGUAAAUCUUCAGGGUGGAGAGGGAACUUGAGACAAAGAGGAAACGGAAAUGAACUUAGUAUCAGAUUAAAUUGCUUCUUAAUCCUUUGGAUCUUAAUCUUAAUGAUAAUUUCCGUUUCUUCAGACAGAAAUUGGAUUAUUUUUAUUUUGUCUCUUAGUCUAAUAUACAUAUAAACUCAGUUUAUCUUAAAUUGUUAAUCAUUAUUAAAUUGUUAUUAGUUUUAAUUAUCUCUUUCUCUCUCUAUUUGUUAUUCAAUUAACUUAAAGUGCCAAAUAAGAAACAGAUUCAGAUUAUAAUCAAUUUAUCAUUUCCGUUUCCUCUCUGAUUGAUUGAACAACAACAAACAUCAAUUGAUCAAGUCUCCACCUUAUUGAUUAACUUUCAAUCAACAAUUAUAAGAUUUAAUUGUGAUCAUCAUGAUAUUUUUAACCUUUAACACCAAUCAACAAUUAACGGAACCAAUUAACAAACAAACUUAUCUUUUCAUUUAUACUGAUUUACUAUGUCUCUCUUUAAAAAUCCUCUGAAAGUUAAUCAACUUUUAAUCAACAACAAUUAGGAAAACAAGAAAAAAAAACAAAUUAAACGAAAAAAAAAGUUUAUAUAUCAAAGUUAUUAUUAUGAUUAUUUACCACAAUUUAAUCAUGAUUAAAGAUUAAAACUGAUUGAGAAAAUAAUUUAACCCAAUUAAAAAGUGAUCAAGUGAAGAUGUGAUAUAAUUAUGGUCAUCAGCUGAUUGUAAAUAUUAAUGUUAAUUGUUGAUUAAUUUGGUAAAAACAUCAAAAAUUAAGGCAAAAAAAAACAAAUCAAAUCAAACAAAAUGAAUUAAACAAGUUGAUUGAAUCUAAAUCAUCAUCAUCUUAAAUAAUACAACACACACACCAAUUAACUUUUAAUUAUAAUUACGAAUUGUAAAAAUAAUUAACAAUACAUCAUCAAGAAAAGGUUAAUCAACUGAUUAACUAAUUGUAAAUCAAUUUCCAAGUCAAAGCUUAAUUGUCCUUACAAGGGGUUGACAGUUACUCUUAAUGGUGAAUAACAAAUAAAUUGUAUCAAAAUCAAUUUUGUUAAUCAAUAUAAUAUACAGAACAAUUAAUCACCAACAUCAAUUAAUUAAUUGUUAAUCAUUAACCUUCAAAGUGUAACUUUAUCAUCCGAUUACCUUUGACCUUUUCCCAAUCUCUCUCCAUCUUAUUUGGUGUUUUUUUUGUUUCGUUUUCUUUUUGUAAAAAUCAACUAAGAUGCUGAUCUUAAUUAACUGAAAAAU